CUAGAAAGUAAGCAGCUGCUAGCAGCGAUUUUCCAGUCCAUUUCAGCGGGGACUGCAAAGUCUUCUAACCGAAGAUAUGAUUGUGUUAACUUUCCUCAUUGCCUUGCUGUGGGACAGAGCUGCUGGAUGGGGAUUCAAGGAUGGAGUUCUACAUAAUUCUAUUUGGUUAGAGCGAGCUGCAGGAGUAUAUCACAGAGAAUCAAGGGCAGGAAGAUACCAGCUCACCUACGCAGAGGCAAAAGCAGUGUGUGAAUAUGAAGGAGGACACCUAGCCACAUACCAGCAACUGGAGGCAGCAAGAAAAAUAGGGUUUCAUAUGUGUGCUGCUGGCUGGUUAGCCAAGGGGAGAGUUGGCUAUCCCAUUGUCAAACCUGGAAGCAACUGUGGCUUUGGAAAGAAGGGGAUUGUGGACUACGGUUUUCGGCUCAACAAAAGUGAGAAGUGGGAUACUUACUGCUAUAACCCUAAUGGAAAAGACUGUGGUGGAAUUUUCACAGGUUCGAAGCAUAUAUUUAAAACCCCCGGAUACCCCAAUGAGUAUGAAGACGAUCAAGUCUGUUAUUGGCAUAUCAGAGUGAAGUACGGCCAGCGGAUUCAAAUUCAGUUUCUCGACUUUGACGUUGAAGAGGAUACAGCCUGCAUGGCUGAUUACUUGGAAAUAUAUGACAGCUAUGAUGAUGUCAAUGGUUUUGUGGGCAGGUACUGUGGAGAUGAACUUCCAGAUAACGUCAUUAGCACAGGAAAUGUCAUGACUCUGAAAUUUUUGUCAGAUGCUUCAGUAACAGCAGGGGGCUUCCAGAUUAAAUAUAUUGCUUUGGAUCCACCCCCCAAAAAUGCAACUACCCAAGACAACCCACCUUAUUUAGCUGGAAGGUUUGGCAUCUAAAAGAACAUUGACAUGAAGGAAGAUUUUACCUUGAAUAUCUACUAAAGGAAUAUUCUCCCCCAGCCCAACAUCCCUUGCUGGAGUUGCUAACUUCUGCACUGUGGAUCAUAUUCCUCAUAACCUCCUGGCUGUUAUCACCUCCCAAUGCAAAAACUUCUCUUUGCUGAUCUACAGUGGCACCAUGCACCAUCUAUCUGAUUAUUGUCUCCAUCGAUCCCCUCUUCAGUUAUUUCUACUUCCCCACCAC